CGUACCACAAUAACAAAGUUGCAUGUGCGCACAUAUUUCAAACAAAAACGUGUUUUAAUUCGUUUUAAGCAAUUUAACAAUAAAAUUAGCAUGGUUGAAAUAGAGGGAUACAAAGUGGUGCCGUUACGUUUAACGCCCGACGCCAAAGACUGCCACAGCAUUUACAUGCGUGAACAUUUCAUACGUUUAAUGGACCCCAAUAAACCUAAGGGACGCACGCUUUUUCUGCUCAAUAUACCGCCUUAUGUCACCGAAGACAGUCUGAAGACCUUCUUCAAGGGCGCCGGCGGGGUUGAGAGCGUUACAUUUGCCGCAAAGCCGGGAAAAGAUGAAACAGAGCAGUGGCUGGAGCAGAGCAAAGCGCCCUUUACUAACACAAAAGCGCCCUUCAAGUUCAAGGUAGCCUAUGUGGUGUUUCGGAAGAGUAGCGUCCUGGCUAAAGCGCUGGCUUUUAACAGCAUUGAUUUGUUCAAUAGCAGCGGCAAUUGUCUCAUAGAAAGCGGCAUGGAACUGUGGCACAGUGAAUAUAAUAGUUUUAUCCUAGACAAUGUGAAGACACAAGAGCUCAUCGAUGCCUAUAUGAAGGGCUACGAUAGGCGCCAACUUAAAGAGCUGCGAACUGCCAAAAACGGGCACGCAGACGCCGAUGGCUGGGUUACGGUGGGCAAGGAAGGACGCAAUGCUGGCUUUGAACAAAAGGAGUCUGUAAUUGGCAGACUCGAAAACAAACUCGCUAAAGAUAAGAAAACUAAGGAACUUAAGAAUUUCUACACAUUUCAAAUACGCGAAAGCAAAAUGCAAAACAUUGUGGAGCUGCGCCAGAAGUAUGAGGAGGAUAAACGCAAAAUCGAGCUCCUCAAGCAAUCACGGCGUUUCAGACCAUUCUAAUAUUAAGAAACUGUACGAGUACAUUUUAGGAGAUGAAUAAAUUAGUGUCAGUUUUUGUCAAAUUAAAAUAAUUAAUUAUUCUCAACAA